AGCGGCAGCAAACCUAUAUGUGUUAAACACCAUGGAAGGCCGACGAGUCUUCUGAGAACCUUGAUUCCGUUCGAACGGGCUAAGUCUGCAAUCAGAACGGAGCAAAAUGCUCUCUGAUGCGGACGCCCGACAUCCGUCCCUUAAAUCAGUGCUCAUAGAAAAAGAUGAAACUGGAAACUGUGGGUUUCAUUUAACCAGAAGCAAGUGGGAUCCCUAUCCCUGGAUUACUUCCAUAGAUCCUGGUUCUUCAGCCGAAAAAUCGGGUUUAAUGAACGGAGAUUGUCUUCUCGAAGUUAACGGAGAAGACGUUCUCGGUCAGAAGAUCUCGGACAUCGCCAGUUUAGUCAAGAAAACAUCCAACGUCACUCUUUUUCUUUGGAAUUCAGGCGUAGACGAUUUGUGUUCCCCAGAGACGAUAUGUAGUGGACCUAUGCCACGAAAUUUUCAAAAAUUAACGGCGUGUACUUCAUCGAUCCUCGGAUUUCUAGAAUGCCCAAUAUGUUUAGAUACAAUAGGACCACCUUCGUAUCAAUGUGAUAACGGCCACUUAAUUUGUAUUCGUUGUAGAUCGAAAACCGAAAGGUGCCCAAUUUGUAGAAAUCGUUUAAAUAGAGGAAGAUCUUUAUUAGCCGAUCAGAUUUAUAACGUAAUUACGGAAAUAUUUGAAUUGAAAGAAACACCCGGAAACAUUCGAAAUAAUAAAAUUCAACAAAUAUUUAAAAUUCCACAAAAAAAGGAAAUUAAAGUUCCUGAUAUAAAAGUUACUCACGCUCACGCAAACAAAUUUUUGGCGAAACUGGUGGGGAAGUCAUCGUCCGUUGAUAAUUUAUCAACAAAUAAUACGAGUUCCAAUUUGGGAUUAAGCGAUAAUAGCUUAAAAACAAAAUCGUUAUCAUCGACGGAAAUUUUUAAUGGAAGUCCCACCGUUUCAAGAAGUAAUUCGAUUAAAAAGUCAUAUAAAAAUAGCCGAUUGGGCGCGUCAUCAUCGAUAUCUUGCCACAAUUCAUUCGAAAACCUUAACAGAGUUGAUGAUGAAGCCCGCUUUAUUUCUUGCCCAUUCGAACAAAGUUGCUCGAAUCCGAUUGACUCUUCCAAUUUAAUUUUAGAACACUUUCAAAUAAACCACACCGGGCCGCUUAUCCAAUAUUUUAAUUCCUCCUUUAAAUUAUUCCCAAAAAAUAUUCAUGAUGUUAACAACACUUAUGUUAUAAAUUAUUUUAAUAAAAUAUUUAUCGUAAAAAUUUUAAACGAAAAACCAAAUAAUUUCCACAUUUGGAGUUGGGUUAACAACAACAAAGAUGGCGACACUUUCUACAUGGUUUUAAAGGUGUCUCAUAAAAAUGAAACAUUUUUAAACAUUUCACUUCCAUGUUACCCCAUAAAUAAAAAAUGGAAAGACAUUAACCAAAUGAAACAUGGCGUUAAUUUCAGCAGCACCGAAUUUUUCUCAAUUGAUGAUGUUAUCUUAGAAAUUAUUAUUAAUACACAAAAUAAAUAAUUAAAAAAUUGAAA